UCUCUCUCUCUCAUGAGGCCAUUACGAAGCUCUCCAAAACUUCAUCCAUGGCGCCCUCCCCUCCUCCCAAUCCCUAUUUUCCUCCGCUCUUUCUCCAAUUCAGAUAAGAAUAUCCCAAAACCCCAAUCCCCAUCUCCCCUUUCCCCAAUUCAGAAGCUUGCCAAUGCAUUUUCCCCAAAACCAAUCCCAAAUCAGGAGCAUUUGAUCGAUUUCCUCAUCGCAAAUCAAAGGAAUCCCCAAAAAGCUUUGAGGUACUUCGAUCGGAUUCAUUUGCGCUGCACUUUGUUACAAAUUGAUGCUUUAUGCGUCUUAGUCCACAUCCUCGCGAGAUCGGGGAUGGUCUCUAGAUCCCAGAAGCUUCUGCAUCGCGCCAUUUCGGGCGAUUCGAGCCCUAAUCCUUGCCUCAUGGUCGAUCGCAUGGUCGCAGCUUCAAAAUGGUGCGAUUUUGAUGCUAUCUCAUUCAAUUACCUGAUUGUGUCCUAUGCUCGUGCUGGUAGAAUAGAGAAUGCCAUUGAAGCAUUUCGUCGAACACUUGAAAAUGGUAUACUUGUUGAUGUUAAAGCAAGAAAUGAUUUGUUAAAAGCUUUGCUGAGCUCCAAUUCUAGUACGGUGGUUCGGGAAUUUUACAGGGAGAUGGAGGGAAAUGGGUUGGAAUUGGAUGUUAGGGCAUUUGAUAUAAUGAUGAAUGCUUGUUUGAAAGAUGGAAAUCCCGACGAAUCGGAAGUAUACUUCAAGGAAAUGGUUGAUAGGGGAUUGAAACCGGAUUUGCUCACUUAUACUACCAUUAUACGAUCGGUUUGCAAGAAACCCGAUUCGAUGAAAGCUUGUGAACUUUUGAAAAAUAUGAAGGAAUACGGAUUGAUUCCUUCUAAAUUCGUGUAUGAUUUAGUAAUUGGAGCUUGCGUUAAGGGAGGAAAUAUAUCGGAGGCUUUAGAUAUAAAAGAUGAGAUGAUUGCAAACGGCUUUGCGAUGAAUUUGGUUGUUGCAACUAGCUUGUUACAAGGAUAUUGUUCUCAAGGAGAUCUAACUAGUGCUUUGAAUCUCUUUUCUAAUAUCGUUGAGGACGGAAUUACUCCAAACAAUUACACAUACUCCGUUCUCAUCGAAUGUUGUUAUAAAAUUGGGAACACCAACAAGGCUCAUGAGCUUUAUUGCGAAAUGAGGCAAAAAUACAUCUUACCUAGUGUCUUCACCCUCAAUCUAGUGAUAAAGUGCUUCCUGAAGGAUAACAAAUGGAAAGAGGCAUUGGAUUUGUUCGACGAAGCGGUCGAGCUUGGUGUGCCCAAUGUUCUCACUUAUAAUAUUCUUCUAAAUUGGUUCUCUCAAGCCGGUAGGGUCAAGGAAGCUCGUGAAUUAUGGGAUAGAAUGGAUGAAAUGGGAGUGAAACCGAGCGUUGCUUCUUACAAUAGUAUGUUAUUAGGCCACUGCAAACAGGGGGACAUGGAUUUGGCUGCUACAUUGUAUACGGAAAUGUCGAAAAGAGGCUUAAACCCUAAUGUGGUCACCUUUACCACUUUGAUGGAUGGGUAUAUUAGAAGUAAGGAUUUUGAUAAGGCUCAUGAUCUUGUUGAGACAAUGCGUAACUUGGGUAUUACAUGCAAUGAGUACACAUUCAACACUCUCAUAAAUGGCCUCUGUACGAGCGGUCGUAUGUCUGAAGUUAGCAACAUGUUGCGUAAAUUUAUGGAUGAAGGGUUCACUCCUACUUCUAUGACUUUUAAUAGUAUUAUAAAUGGCUACAUAAAGGCGGGUAUGAUGAGCUCGGCUUUGUCAACUUACCAGCAAAUGCUUAAGAAUGGUACAUCACCCACUAUAAUUACGUACACUAGCUUCAUUCAUGGUUAUUGUAAAAACUAUUGCAGUGAUCUUGCUGUGAAAAUGCUGAAUGAGGUUAAAAGGAAGGGCCUUGGAUUAGAUAUUGCUGCAUAUAACGCGCUCAUUGUCGCUUUCUCUAAAGAAGGAAACAUGAGUGGUGCUCGUAAGCUGUUUGAUGAUUUGCUCAAAGCUGGCUUAAAGCCAAACGCUGCUAUUUAUAACAGUCUAAUUACUGGGUAUAAAAAUCUGUAUAAGAUGGAAAGUGCUAUUGAAUUACAUGAACAGAUGGUUGAAGAAGGCAUUUCUUGCGACUUAGCCACGUACACAACCUUAAUUGAUGGAUUGCUGAAAGUGGGUAAUGUAAACUUUGCUUUAGAACUCUAUUCUGACAUGGUUGCAAAGGGAAUUUUUCCGGAUGAUGUUACUUUCACGGCAUUGACACAUGGUUUUUUCCGCAACGGAGACAUAGAGAGAGCUCAGAAAAUUUUGGAUGACAUGGAGGAGAAAGAUGUGCGCCCUAAUGUAAUUAUAUAUAAUAUGCUGAUAAAUGGGUACUUCAGGGAAGGGAAGCUACAAGAGGCCUUUCGGCUGCACGAUAAAAUGCUCGAAAGAGGAAUUGUACCUGACGGUACGACAUAUGAUAUUCUUGUGACUAAGAAGUUUUCAAGGGACAUCUCUCAUCAAGCAAGUUAAAUGUCUUCAAUUGGAAAGUUCCAACAUCCACUACACUUUUCGCAAAAUAUCCAUUUUGGGAGCUCAUUUUGAUUAUUCUGCAGCGGCCAGCAAAGGAUAGGUCAUGUAAUGCUUAACGAAGAGAUUCAAGAAGAUAACAUCAAUGUCCGAGGCCUAAGCGAGACGAACAACUCAUAUUCGGUUGCAACGUCAUAAAUGCUUGUAGAAGGCCUAGAAAAUGGUGCGUCAAAAGCAAGGCUGCUGCUUUCAAUUUGUUAUUGCCUGUUUAAGCUGGUUUCUGAAGCAGUUUUUAUACUCGAGAAGCAGAAGCUAAGCUUUAUUCUAGAGAUUUUAGCUGGAGCAAAACGGCGGAAUGAUAUGUUAAAAGCCCCAAAAGGAGCAGCUCUAAUUCGAAUUGUAGCGUAAAGCUGCUGAGGAGAAUUUAGUGGAAAAAUAACUAAACUACAUAUUCUAGCGGCUCUAUCCAAACAUAGUACUUUUGCAAAAGCUCCAACUUCUAUGACAAUCUGACGAUCCCUGAGAAGAUUUUCUCUGUUUUGUUUAGUAUUUGUACCAAAUAAAUCCAAUUAAGAGGUGAUACAAAAAAUCCAAUAAAGGGGAAUAUGGUAAAUGGCACAUUAAAUAAGUGUCAAAGAAAACUUAUGCAAGAUGUUCCUAUU